CAUUAGGUUUUUCAGCUUAAAAUCUUGAUGAUCAAUAUUUUCUAGUUUAUCUUGUCUGUAUUUUGCAAUACCUACCUACCUACAUACCUACCUAUGUAACCCUUCAUUGAUUUUCAAACAGGAAACUAGUUUUCGAUAUUAAAUUUUGUUUCAUGUAGAGAAUAUCUCUCAUUGCUUGCAGUUUUCACCAAAACACCUGUUUUGAACGACGUUCAUAACCGAAAAAGUGCAUCAUGGUGGAUAACAAAGCGAAUCCUGACGAUUUUGCUCAAUACAUACAAUCCGUUCUUCAGCUUAAUACGCUGGAGAAGAUUGCUCAUAAUUUAGAUAAAGAGCUGGAAGAUUCACAGCGCAUAAUGCGUGAAGUAAAGUCCAUGUUCGAUACUAUACCAAAUUUACAGAAUUCUAACUCAGAAUCUGGUAACAAUCUUAGACAUGAGGACAUUGCGAAGUUUUUGGACGCGGGCAUGCCAAAGCUAUUAAUGCCGGACAUGGAAGAAAACGCAAUGGAAAUAGAUUUGGACGACGUUAUAAACACAAUGAAGAUGUACGCUGAAGAUUUGCGAAGAAAUUUCAUUCUCACACAACUGCAGCUAAGAGUUAAUAAGGAAAUAGAAUGUCUAGAGUGGGAACAAUAUGCUUCUAGCCUGGAACAACUGGGCAAACGCCUUGCAAACAUCAAGUUGAAUAAGAAUGAUGUUAGUCCUAAGAACACAGAGUUAGAGAAUAAACUGGUUCAACUGUGCCAGGAUGUCAACUUGUUCACCCAGAUGGUGCAGGCAAAGACAGCUCUGAGCGAAAACAGUGCAACAGUACAACCAGAGGUGAAUAAUCAAAAUGCUUUGCAAUACGAACAAAUAAUUGCUAAAUUGCUCACAGGUAUCAAUGAAGUCACAUAUUUACUGCAGAACAAAAAUUACCAGUAAACAUGCAGUAUUAAUUGAAAAGUAAAUCAAGUAUUGUCACAUCUGAAUUUCAACUUUAGAAGUUGAAAGUAAUAAUUUAUAAAAUGUAUUCGAGUGUAGUCGUUGGAGUACCGCAAUGUUUUUCUAAAUUCUUAAAGAUAUAUAAUCUGUAAUAGAUUUAAUGUGAAUUUCAAACAAUGCCAUGGUAAUCAGUAAAGGUCAAAGUCAUAUAUUAGUUUAUACUGAUACUACUGAUGCAAUGCAUUAUUAAAUAUGAACCUUAAUGAUUAAUUUCAAAAUAUCUAAAUUGGUAUAAAAAUGACGAUUUUGAUACAGAACCAACAUCUGAAAUUUUUGGUUUGGCCAAUCCCAAGGUGAGGGUUCUCAUAUGUGUAAAAAGUAGAGUUUUUCUAGAAUUUGUAUUCACAGUAUAUUGUAUGUGUGGCUCUUUCGCUAUGUAAAGAUAAGUGUUUAUAUUUAUCUGAAAAUACGCUUUUCAGUCAAUGCCUAAUAAUUUUCUCAAUGUGUCUGAAGAACAUGUGCAAAAGGGUGCAUUCGGACAGUUAUGAAAAGAAUUUGAAAGAGUUGUUUAGGAUGUUUGUAUUUUCAUGGACCAUUCAAAAUUGGUAGAAUAAUUGCUACAAACUUGGGCUGCUUUAUUCAGUUGAAAAGAUUGUCUUUAUUAAAUAACAUCUAUACUACAAGAGACCUGAGUCAUUAUUCUUUAUAAAAGUGCAAUGUAGAGUUAACAGUUAAAAGUAAACUUUAUUUAAGUAAGAAAUAUAUUCAUUUUCGUUUUGGAUUACCUUCAAAAAGUAACAUUUGUUGAUGUUGGCAUUUAAUGGUAAAUAAAACUUUCCACUGUUAUAGAAUAAUCCAUAGAAUAACUCGAUUUUCGGACUUAGCCGAAUGCACGUUACCUGCAUCUCAUUAAAUUUUUGUGUCAGUUAUAAUCCAGUUGUCUUAAACUAUUGACCUUUCUUCCGCAAUUAACAGGCACUGUAAAAAGAAGACAAUAGUUCAAUACGAACUAACAAAAGCUCUCAAUUUUACCAAGAAACUAGAUAUGAUUUUGAUCCAUCCAAUUACUAAAAAUUUUCAAAAAAAUUCACUGCUUUUUUUCAUAAUAUUUAUCUUAAUGUGUUGAAGUGUUCAUUGCUCAUUGUAAAAAAGUGUGGUUUAUGAAGCAUCUGAAAAUGUAUACAUUCUGUGGUAGUCUCCUACAUUACCCUGAUGUUUGCAUUCAAGUGUUAAAAUGAUGACAUCUCAGUGAGCAUUUUCACAAAAGCAUGGCAAAUACCAUUUAAAUUGGAUUACAUAAUAUUAAUUAAGUUACUGGUGAAUACUAUAAUUUUAAGAGUUAAGUAAAACCUAAAUCUUAAAAUAGAAAGCGUAUUUCUCAUUUUAGAUAUUUUCAUAUUAUAUUCAGGUAGCAAACAAUGAAUUAAUAGUUUUAAAAAAGCAUUAUUAAUGGGAAUAAAAUGUAAUUUUUCAUUCAUUAUCAAUGUCUGAAUUUUUUGUAUUUAAGAUUUAAAGUGUAAAAAGACAUUUAAUGUACCAAAGUUUUGUAUUGUAAAACUUACUGCCAAUGUGUGUGAUCAUUAACAAAAGUGAAAAUAUGUAUAAUUUGGUUGUGAAAAAUAUUGGGAGUGGUUGAAGUAAUGCUCGUUGUGACCACACUAUGUGACUAGCAAGUUAUGCAUAAAGUGUAGCUUAACAAAAAUAGCUGACACACAUUCCUAAAUAUAGUUUGCCUUACUAAAAAUAUGCUUUAUUUUUUAAUAAUUCUGAAAGACUUAGCAGUUAGUUUCUGUAGAUAUGUUUUAUAAUAAGGUUUUAUUUUCAUUUAUAUCUCGUUUAACACAUGUAAAUGUAAAAGCAUUACUUCCUGUUUUUAAGAAUCUCCUGUUUGUACUGAAAUCUUAAUUCAAUAUGUUUGAUUUAAGUAUGUAGUUGAAUUAAGUGCACUAAAAUAUUUACUAUAAAUUUUGGUUAUGCAGGGUCUGUUGGGUAAGUUUCCGAAAACGAAGAAGGUUGUUCAUUUUGAAACGACAAACCACUGCAAAUUAUAACAGAUCAGUGGAAUUUGCACUUACUGCAGUUGUACCAAAGUUCAUUUUACUAAAGAAAUAUUGUUUGCUGUCUACUCUACCUAAUUGACAGUUCGGUUUCGGGAGCGGCACCUUUAUACCUUGUUUAUUUCGAUUUUUUCUUGUUUCUAUUAUUUUGCCAAAUUUUAUUUAAACACCUGGAACCAAAUAUUCACUAGGGAAUUGUGAAACGAGGUUUCAUGAAUGGGGUGAAUCCGUUCUAUCGCACUACAUAUAUUAAUUAUUGGUCAUUGAAUGGUAGGAUAAGUGUAUUACAAGGAAUCCCUUCAUUCAUCCAUAUGGAGUUUCCAAGAAUCAAUUUAAUUACAUUGUAUCUUGUGUGUACAUUGUGACUUUCGUGUUCCGACGCACUGGUGACGCCUAGGUAGUUGGCCUUCGAAGCCCACGGUACGGUCAAAGAUUUUGAUGACCAGAUCAUCAAUGAAUGCGGUCGAGUCGCCUACCGUUCAAGUUUGUUGUUGGACAUUUUCACCAUUUCUUCCUAGUUGGUAUCGCUCUUAACGACUUAUCGACGCUCGUGUCUCUGACGGCCUCCCUCCUCGUGCAUUUGUGUAAUGGUGAUGAGCCGUUCAUUGCCGCUUUUAUCUGAUCAAUCCACUUCAUAGGCGAUUCAGUCCACGAUACUCUGAGCAUCUUCCUCCAGCACCAUAUCUCUAGGGCGUCUUAUCUUCGUCUUCGUCACUUCCCGCAGGAUCCACGUUCCUGCAGCGUACGGGAAUAUGGGGAACACAACUGCCCGAACUAGUCGUAUUUUUGUGACCCUAUUUAAGUUGCAAUUCCUUCAUAUUUUCCUCAACCUUAUUCAUGCGGUCGAAAAUCAUUAUUUUAGGGUGGGGUGCUGGGUACUGGUGGCGAACAAAGUGUAUAGUGUGCGGAUAAGUCACCUUGUUAAUUAAAGUCUCCUGCUAGAAUGACCGCAUUCGCCCCAUGCUGAGCAGUGCCUCGAUGUUGCAACGCUGAAGAACGUUAACUUAUUUUAAAUGAACAGGGUUUUAAACGUGCGUUGUAUGCCAUUGAGAAUUAUUUAUUUGUCCCGAUAAAGUGCGAGAUUCGGACUUAAGUGCCGAUACUUGCCCGAUCCAGAACUUUGCUUAUCGUUGCAUCAGUUCGAGUAUGUACAUCUGUUAUUAUAGUUAAAUUUCUCUAGUGAGUAUUUGGAUUCAUUAAGUGGUAGGUACCGCGAAGCAAUAUAACUGAGAUUUCAACCUCUAUUUUUAGUGUUGGACAUAUACCUUGUGAUGUCUAUGGAUUUCGUCAAAUGAUAUUAAAUCUCCUGGAGAAAAAAGUAAUAGUACUCUUAUACGAGAAUUAA